AGGGGUCAACCACCUUCACGCGCCUCCGCACAAUAAGUACGAGGAUGGUCCACACCGCUGAUGCCAUGGAAGUGCUCGCGCGUGGCCGCAUCAUCGAGGUCACCUUCGACGAGUACGUCGGCACCAUCAACGGACUCUUCAACGUCCUUGAGAUUUGCGGUGGCUUCGCGAUGUACCUGAUGCUGGACAAGCCCGAAGGGGGUGCUCCGAGGUUGCUCAAGGGCACGGCGUACACCUUCUCGUUCAACGGCUUCUUCAUGGUCUUCUCCAGCAUCCUGAGCGCUACGUCGGCCCACUACAUGCCUUCGCUCUUCUACUACGUGCUGUUCCAGGCAACGGGCAGCGUCCUGUAUAUAUUCUGCAGCAUCUCGCUGGUUCGGAAAAAUAAAGAAGUCGGCAUGCCGGCGAUGGUGGGCCUGACGACGGGAGGUCUGCACGCCUUCCACUGCGCGUACUCGACGUACAAGAUCUACUACGAGAACAAGUGA